AACAUCUGGAGAGCCAAGGUUGCCUAUGCCUGGUGUAGCGGAAAAGAAUAAUAUAGGAAAGGACUACAACUACAAGAAUAUGAGAACUGUGUAACUAUAGGGAUACAAAAACAGCUCUUCACUAUUUUUCACUUAAAAUUCCCUCUCCCCCCAUAUGCAUUUUCUCCUGGAGGGAAUAAGAUAUGGGUGCCUCUCAAUAUGGGGGAACAAAAUUGGGGGAUGAUUUUCAGUGGGAAAACAGCCAGAAAAGAAAGGCGGUGCUCUAUUCCUGAGAGUGGUAUUGAAAUUAUUAAUGAUUUUCUGAAUUAGGAUGAUAAUCAGAAACAGCAUGCCUGCAUGAAUAAAAUAUACAUUUAUGUUAUUCAGAUUCCAUUGAAGUUCUUAUAAUCAAGGAGAAAUACACAAGAUUUUGGCAGGGGCAAGAAGACAGAACUGAAUAAGAUUGAUUUUACAACAUGCCCAUCAUAAAGGUGCCAGUGGUCCACAAAUUUGGUAUUGUAUGCCAUGAUGAACAUAAAAAAAUUCAGCAGAGACUCUUGACUAAAUAUCUGAAGGAAACGUUACCUCCAGCCAAGAAAAAGAAACACGUAAACCCGUUUCAACUUACAGAACAAUUCGUUGAGGAUUUCAAUUUCUCACUGCAAACAGAAAGUAAAGAAAAAUUCAUAGAGCUGGCUAAAAAAAUGGUUGCAAGAUGCAAGAGGCGAUCAGGUCUUAGCACAUUAGGUGUUGGGAAGUAUGUAGAUCUUCCUGGAGCAUGGGCUGAGGCAGUUCUGUUAUCACAGUGUAAAGGAGAAAUUCACGAAGAAGCUGUUGAAAUACUUUUAAUUUCCUUGGACCAUGCGCCUCUUGUUCCAGACCAUAUCCCAGUUUUAUUUUUCGUCGCGGAAUCUGUUUUGUAUAGACUCUGUUAUGAAGCAGUGGAGAAGCCAUCUCUCUUCGCAUGUGAAAUCACGUUGUCCAAGCUUGGAUUUUUGGUCUUUUUAAGGCUUCUUCUGUUAUAUUUCUUUGGUUACCAGGGGUUUUCUGAAGAACACAGAUCCAGGCUUCAUGUUGGCUUAAAAGCGCUGGCAGCUUCCGAGGUCAGCUACCAACCGUACCCAAACAUCCUUUUCAUGGUGCAUUUUAUGCUGAAGGCUGGAGAAGUUAUCUGUGAAACAACCAUACUUUCUCAAACAUCAUUGGCAUCUGAUGCAAGUUUGCAAGAAAUGCCGGCUAAGUCUUUUUCUGACACAUUACCCAUGGGUACUGGCGGAGCAGUUGAAUUAAAUCCUGAACAAAAGCAGUUCAGAAUUAAGCCAUUUCUCUGGCACAGCCUUCUUGUUUGGGUUUGUGUACAUAACAGCUGCUCCAAUAUAGAUGAAGUACUCAAGCAUGUCCUAUUCUAUAAGGAGGAGCUUCUUCAGGAAGACUGGUUGGAAUCAGUGUUGGGCCUGAUGGUCCUUGGAGAGGCUGCCAAAUUAAACAUGUCCUGCUUGAGAGUUUUAAUGGACCUAGUGAGAGAUUUCAUUUCAAGCUCUCUGGCUCUUCAGAAGCAGAAAAAUAUCUACAAGGGAAACUUCUCAUGCUGGCUUUGGCCUGUGGGAUACAUAUAUACCAAUCUACUCAAAGAAAUCUGUUUACAUGGCAUUAAUGCAGAUUUGCAAAAAACGGCUUUUCUUGGAUUCUGUGAUUGUGUCAAGGAACAUAAAGGUGACAAAGGAUUAAGAGGGGCAGGUUUACUAGAUCUCUUGAGCUUCCGCUCUUCACCUGAUGACCGUCAUGAUCCAUUCUGGAUUAUUCGUUAUGGUGUGGUCUACAACCUAGUUGUACUGCGUAGUGAACUCGCUGGAGAUGUGACUCGAGAAGGAUUAAGGAAUGCUGUGUGGAGAUCUUUACAGAAACAAAAGGCCAUUGAAAAGGACAGCCAUGUUUUGGAUGCUCUAAGAAUAGCAGAGGUUGAAUGCAAAGGCCCCAAAGACCCAUUCAUUGCAUCGAAAGAAAAAGGUUCAUCAAAUCCCAGUGAAGCGCCUUCUGCUCAGAACAUUGGGUGGAGAGUUGCCACUUCCAUGUGCCACCACUUCUUGCCACCUAUUGGUCCAGACAUCCCAUUGCCACGUCGGCCUGUACAAAAGCCACCAUUGAUCCUGCGUCGAGAAUCGGAGCUGUCUGUUAAGGAGAAGAAAGCCAAACGCCUGACUUUAAGGGAAGAGCUUUUGUUAGCUGGUGUACCAAAAUAUCCAUAUCCAGAUUACUUGACCCGUGCAGAAAUAGCACUAAGGACAAUAAUUGAGACUCAGUGGGAGAGGGAAUUGGAGAUGAGGCUGAAACUCGAAGAAAAACUCCUGGCGCUGGAGCUUAAAGAAAAACAGAAGUUGGAAGAAGAACGCUUCAAUAAAAUAAUGAAAUGGCGAUUAGAAAAGCUGAAUAAGACAACUAAGCCCUAUGAGCUUCCUCAUAAACAAAGAGAGGAAGAGGAAGAGGAAGAAGAAGAAGAUGAAGAACUGACAGAGUCAUACAGCAGCACUCAACUGUCAAGUGCACAACUGUCAUGAGCCUGAACAACAGCCCGCUAAGGGGUUAACUUACACAUUAUAGGCAAAUGCAUGCAAUGAAGCCCAAGACCUUAGAAUGAAAAGCCUAAGUAGAGGAGUAGGGAAGUGUGUGUGCUCUUAAACCAUUUCCUGCUGAUGGUUUUCUCCUCAAAAUUGCCCCCACCUACUUUUUCAUUCACGGUGUAUCAUGUGUUUAUUAGGCUAAACCAUGGGGCAGCUGAGGACCAACUUUGAGGAUGGGGGAGGGAUGCCUGAUACGAAGUAUUUAAGCUCCCCUUCCCACUCCACUGCUUCUCUGCUCUAAGCUGUGGCCUCCUGCAGCAAAGUGGCAUGGGGGAGGAGUAGAGCAGCCCUCCCACCCAUUGGUGGCGCUGUGUUUGCCAGGGCGAUGUGGCGGUGAGGUUGCAGGAGCUCUGUCUUGGUGGCAUUGGCAUCUUAGGAGUUACCAGCACCAACCUGGAGCUCCUUCAACCUCGCAACCACCUCACCUCUGCAGUAUCUUAGGGUGUGGCUGCCCUGCUGCUAGGAAGAUGCUGGUGCUGCUCUAUCCCACCUCUUCCGCUGCUGCUGGUCUCCUGGGGCUGCUUUUCAUGAAAAGAACAAGGCUGGGUUUCAUAGCACUCAUUUCCAUGUAAUGUGUCAUCUGCUCUUACAUCAAAUUUCCUCUCCUGAAAUACAAUGGUUAUGGGAAAGCAUUUUCUGAAUUUUGUCUUGUUUCUUAGCACACUCAGAUGUUCUAUGCGAGGUCGAGAGAAGCACAUGGAAGAUGCUCAGGGACAGCAAACCUUCUCAUUCUUGUUCUCUUUAUUCCACCUAAUCAUUUGUUUGUGCCUUGAAGAAUUCCCCCAAAGUUUGUCUACACCCAGGGGAGCCAACGUGGUGCCCUACAGGUGUUGUGAGCUACAACUCCCAUCAGCCCCAACCAGUAUAGCCAUUGGUUAACGAUGAUGGAACUGGAGUCUGCAGCAUCUGAAGGGCAUAAUGUUGACUAUCUGUGGUCUACAUCAAUACCUCCCGUCCAUUCCCGUUCCCGCCCUGGUUGCUUGUUUUGCUACAGGUUCUGCCUCUUUCCCCCAACCUGUUUCUGCUUCUUAGUCUUUCUGUUGAUAUUUAGGACUUGCUUACUGCCUAACUCACUUGUGCACAUUGCCACAUCUCCUGCAGUUUGAUUUGCUUAUUUAAAAAUAGCACAGUGGCUCUAGACUUGCUGUGACUUUUGAGCACAGUCCUUGGCUAUGUUGAAUUCUUGGUCCCACAGUUGUGUGGCUAUUUCCUUCAACUCAGAUCCUCAUGUUAAAAGCUACCUGUGACCUCCACCAUUCACUGUGUGUCGAUGUCUGAUAACUGUAAUGUUGAAACCUUAACCCUUCUACUACAAGCAUUCUAUAACUAGCUAAUACAGCUGAAGAAAUGCAGCCCACAAUAAGACCCCCUAACUCCAAGGUUGAAAUAUGCUGCUUCUCUUUGAGUGUGUCUACACGUGAGAUGGUUGAAAGCAGAUGGAUGAGAAGUGGUCUUUGCAAAAGUGCGGAAAAUGUGAUGCAGAAGAACCUGGUCUUUACCCGGAACCACCAAGUGCCUCACAUGGGCACUGCAGUUCCCUCAACUGAUGCUUACAGUUCCACUGUGGCAUGGAUUGUGGUUUACUCAGUAGGGAUUGAGUAAACAGAAAACAGCCGUACAAUUGUUGUGUUGUGGCCAAUUCCAUUAACCCACAUUGCUAGUCCGUCAGUUGAAGGGGAAGGUGGGGAGCCCCAUAACGGUAGCAGAAGUCCUUGCGUGGUCUACCACUAGCAAAGCUUGUUAGUUGAAUCACUCCCUAUGACUUCUACAAGCCUUCACUCCAACCUUACCUAUUCCCUUCUCCAUCCUGGCAGUUUCACACUUUCUUCCACACUUCUUCAUUCAAAUACUUCCUCCUCUUCCCUUGCUAUGGCUGGAAACAUGGAGCUGUAAUAUGAAAAACCAAUGUGUGGAAAGCUUUUUUUUCUCUGGUCAUGGAAGUCUAAUCUGAUCUAGGUCACAUUCUCUUUAUUGGGUGGAGGAUUUUGAAGUCCCAAGGCUCUAAAAUGCCCCCAUACCAGUUUUCACUUUCUUUUCCAGAAAGGUGAGAGCAGGCUAGUUCUUUGCUCACUGGCCAGUUAUGUCCUAAAGUGGUGUUCCAUCACUGUGUGUCAUCACUGCAAUUAGGACUUACUUCCUUGAAGAACUUUUGAACUAUUUGCGCUGACUCUUACAUAUGAAAAGUACAAGGCAGUGGGGGAGGAUCUCCUGGGUUCCCAAGUCAUCAUUGUUCUUCUUGCUCCUCUUCCCAACAUACCAAGCAUUUCCAUACUCAUCAAGAUACCACGCUAACACCAUUUAUUAUUACAAUCAUUCCAUUGUGAAUCACUUCCUAUGAGUCACCCUUGCCAAUGAGGACAGCUACAUCUCUGAUCAGAGUUUUGUGUAAGUUUUCACUGUGGAAAAGCUGCCACAGUCUUCGCCCUUCCUUUCUUCCUUUAUUAUUUUGAGGGGCGAUUUGAGGAAAAGGUGAUUAUACCCAUAUCCACUAGCAGUCCCACUUGAGUAAAUUUUUUAAAAUGGUUUGAUUUGCAUUGUUCCCAUUUAAACUCUUAGACAUAUAUGACCACACAGCACUUAAAAAAACCAAACUUUCUAAACAAGUAGUUGAUAUUCAUUACUCAACAAUGAAAUAUGAAUUAGUGGUAAAUAAUUGAUGGGAACAGUUAUGAACCACCCAUUGGAAAAAAGAGAAUAGGCGUCAGCUCUAGUUGUGCGAGAGAAAAAUCUGGAAAUAAACAUGAGGAUAAAGCUGUUUUCAUACCGGAAUAAUUAACAUCAGCAUAAUCUUCUCAACAGACGGGUAUUAAAAAUGCAUAUACAGUCAGCGAAUGUAGAUCUCUAGGAACAAUGAAUCUCAUAUUAAUAUCUUUGCUUCAUUUUUGGAAGUAGCUUCUCAAUAUGUGGUAGAGGUUUGUGUCUACUGCAUUGUAACUUUACCAUGAAAGAACGCCCUUAACUUUUUUGCACUUACCUUGUCAUAAUUGAGCCUCAGAAUCAGCUUAUGUAUGGUGUCAUCAGACCCUACCCAAAUCAAGGGUUGAUGCAGGAAGAUUUAAAUGAGUCACACCCUAACACCCAUCUGUGGAACAUGUGGACUCACCAUUUAAUUACCUUUUAAAAGUGAUUGGAUAAAUUACUCCAUAUUUUUUACCAGGCUACCAUAAACACACUUCUUUUUAAUGUUUAGGAGUUGUGUAAAUCUUGAAAUUGCUGCACCCUGAAAAUUAUAGGACUGCAUCCAUUUAGAGACUGGACUUUUCCCAAUUGAGAAAACAGCAGUUAGAUGCUCCUGCAGUGUUUUGCUCUGUUCUGGGGGGGGGGGGGAUAUCUGAUUGUACCAGCCUUUCAAAGUUGCUUGAAAGUUGUUGUUGUUGUUGUUUUUAACAUGGUUACCUUCAGUUGUGUUCCCAGCAGUUGUCCUGGAGGUUUGACCAAACGUCUUUCAACUAGUUGUAGAUUAACUUAGAGCUGUCUUGCAGAGUUGCAAGCCAGGGGCAUUCUAGGACCUGCCAAGACCUAUGUACAGUUCCCAAUAUGUUGUAGGUUUGAAACUCUUCUGGCGAUACAAAUCUGCCAUCAAAAUCUGGGUGGAAAAAUAAUUUGGAAGCACCUUUAGGUGCAGUGCUGAACAUCUCUAGUGGCCCCAUGAUGGCUGAACCCAAAAACAGAAUUCUUAGAAAUGGGUACUAAAUCUAGAUCACUUAUUGGAACAAGUCCAUUCAGAUUGGCUUUUGAUGUGGUAAGAGAAAGAAAUACAUCUCAACCGGCUCUCAAGAAGAGGCCUAUUGGACCAACACAGUAUUUUUCUAAUCUUCCUAGUCUUAUAUCUAAAGGAGAAAAUAUGAUGUGUGGUCAUAUAUGUUGAUAAUUCAAUUGGAAAGAAUGCUAUUCAAAGGAAAUUUUAAUAAGACUUUAAUAUUUGUGUGCUCAUAUUGAUAGUCUUUCUAUCACGACUGGAGGACAUCUUUAUCAACUUAAUAGGUACGAUUGUCUCCCAUGCAGGCAUCAGACCGCAACCAAAAGGGUUUAAAAGGAAUAACAAACCUCACUCAGUCAUAUGUCAAAGUCUCAUGUUCUAGCUGCUGAAGCUCACUCCAGCAAGAGAAGUAAGCCAUUCUGCUAUUUAAAUGAAAACUAUUAUUUCUACAUUGAUUUCUAGGCUAUUUUACAGAGAAUCUUGCCUACUAGCCAGAGGGCUAGUUGCCCUCUGAAGUUCUUUAAUCCUAUGCUCCACACAAUGAGAGAUCAGAGUUUUAAGAUGAAUCCAAAAGAAUUCCAUCACAUUUGACUGGUACUUCCUAGGAAGGGGUUUCUGCAGGAUUAAUAGGGCAUUAAAAAUAUAGGAAUGGCCCUACUGCUCCAGCUUAGGUGUGCUCCAAUAAGAGUUUUAGAAUGAUGACUAAAAUGGAAAUGGUGAUCCUUAAAAAUACGGAAUAUGCUGCAAGAGAAAUUAAGAUUAGGAUGCAUAGGAAGAACCCAUCCUUCUGGAAAAAGCUGGUUCAUGUUUUGGUAUAACUAGCUCUUCCUGGGGGAAGGUAUUCUGUAGUUCAACUGAUAGGAUCCAGUCCCCUACUCAUGUUUUACACUUGUGUAUCCAAUACGCUUAUUUAAUUUUUUUCCCCCCCAUCAGUGAGAUUAUCGUAGGGGUAAACUGCCUUCAAAUUGAGCUGCUGCUCAUCUCUUUCUUGGGGGACACGAAAAGCAAGUGAACCAACAACCAUAUUAUACAAAUUACUCAUUCAUGAGCCCGCUGCCAUCUGUUGAAAACAGGAGAAACACUUAUUAAACUUGGAAUAUUUUGUCAGAAUACAGUGUUGGCUGCAAUACACUUCACUGUAUCAGCUCCUUGAGAAAGCAUUGAGCUGGUAAAUAUAUGUGUACUACAUAUGAGGAAAGGAUUUCUGAUGGAUUCAGCCCACGUCCCACCUAUGUAAGCCAUAGGUUGGCCACCUGAGACUUAAAGCAUUUGUUAGACUCAUUACUAAUUCCAAACAUCUUCCCUGAUAUACUGAGUAUGUUUAGAGCUUUAUUUAUAAACUGCAAAGCUAAUUUGGAAAUGUCAGGUUCUCUAACACAAACUCAAAUAUUUACAUAGUUUGGCAAAUUUCAUUGACAACUCUGAUACUUUUGAGCAAUGUGCAUUUUUCACAGCAACAACAGAUUUUACAGAUAAUUUAACAUAAUGCUAUUCCCUUGCUUAACUGUGAGGCUAUUUUCCGUAUUACCUGCCGCUGUAUUGAUUUCCUAUUCCUACUUCGUUAGAAAACAAUUGUAUCCCUAAGAUUGUUAUUGUUGCCAUUGUUGUUGUUGUCGUCGUUGUAACUUAUUGUUAUCUAUCUCAGAGGAAAGAAACAUGGUUGAUCUUUGGAUGCCUAGAAAACUAGGCUGUGACUUUGAACCAUUGUCUCUGAGAUAGGAGUUUGUAAACUAUGGUUUGAUAAAUACUUUUUUAAAGUGAGAUAGAAGUGGCAUCAGUUCUGUGAAGUGCUGUGUCAUUGUGCUCCUCUGGGAUGGGAACAUCCAUGACAUUCUACGGAACAAUGUUAUUUAUGAUUUAUGGGUAAGGGAUUUUCCCACAGAACUGAGAGUGCCUAGGGCCAGCCUGAGACCUAUGGUGCCUGAGGUAAAACAUGCCACUGGCACUUCCCCCCAAACACAGGCCCACAUCCCAGUGGGGUGGGAGGAGCAUGCCGCCUUAGGCAGAUUGCCUCAAGUCACUUACUGUAACUGGCACACCAGCCAUGCUGGGACAGCAAGCUACCUUAGGGGUUGCAAUGCAGACCACAUGGUGCACUCUUCCAACCAC